AUGCCACGCAUCCCGCAUCGCCUCCUGCGGCACGCCCGACGUGCCGAUAGCCUCCUUCCCGCCCUGCUGCUCGCCUGUCGCGACAUCGCCUCCGCCCGCAACGAGCUCCGAUGGCUCCGUGAGCACGCAGAGAGGGAGGCUCCCGCCUCCUGGCGCCCCCUCCUGCGCGACAUGGUGCGCCACCGCUCCGCCGGCCGGCCGUUGCAGUACAUUCUCGGCACAGAGUACUUCGGCGACUUGGAGAUUGCUUGCCGGCCGGGCGUGCUCAUUCCCAGGCAAGAAACCGCGGCUUCCGUCGCCUAUCUAACUGAGCGCCUGUCCCCUGCUCUUCCCAAACCAUUGCGCGUCCUCGAUCUCUGCACCGGUACCGGAUGCAUCCCACUCCUUUUCGAAGACCUGCUCGCCCGCACCACCCCCGCCCCGGAUGUCCAGUUGCUGGGAAUUGAUGUGUCGCCACGAUGCGUAGACCUGGCCAGACACAAUGCGCGCCGCUGCGGGUCGAGACGAACGGACUUCGCUCUGGCCGACGUCCUAUCAGGGGGCGUGGCUUCUCAAAGCUCCGUGCCUCCUUUGAUGGCUCUGCUUCGUGAGAAGAACAUGCUCAACUGGGAUCUUCUAAUUUCCAACCCGCCCUACAUCUCCUCUCACGCCUUCACCCACACGACCACUCGCUCGGUGCGCAACUACGAACCAAAGCUGGCAUUGGUGCCCCCCACGUCGACCAACAAAGCCAUGGACAGCGGCGACCUAUUCUAUCCGAGGCUCUUGGAGAUUGCGGAUCAAGUGCAGGCCAUGGUCAUCUUGUUCGAGGUUGCCGACAUGGAUCAAGCACUUCGGGUUGCACGCAUGGCCGAAUCAACACAAUCGUGGCACAGCAUUGAGAUCUGGAAAGACGAGCCGGCCGCAAAGGACCUCAAUUCCAGGCACAUGGUCGACGACGCCCAUGGGUUCCGCGCUCUGGGCUGCGGGAACGGCCGCAGCGUAGUUUGCUGGAGACACGAGGCCUCGCAAUGGUCUGAGGCGAGGUAG